UCAAUGACGUUAGAGAGAAUAGCUCUAGUAAAAAAGAUAUGUGCACUUUGCAGGAACAUAUUCUAAAUGAUAUUCUAGGGGAGCGUCAUGGGUACAAGAUAAAAGAUCGUGAUCGAGGAGCCGAAAUAAUACAAGAAAGAUGUUGCAGAAAGAAGGUUCUUCUUGUUCUUGAUGACGUUAAUGAUGUCAUGCAAUUAGAGUUCCUGGCUGCAACACGUGAGUGGUUUGGUCCAGGAAGUAGAAUCAUUAUAACCACCAGGGAUCAACAUUUGUUAUCGUAUGCAGAUGAAAAGUACAAACCUGCUACUUUAAGUGGGGAUCGAGCGGUUGAGCUCUUCAGUAGGCAUGCUUUUAAUGAGAGAAGUCCUCCAGAUGGAUACGAGGAUUUGUCAUUUCGUGCAAUACACCAUGCUGGUGGUCUUCCGCUAGCAUUAGAAGUUUUAGGCUCAUUCUUUCGUGGACGAAAAGCAAAUGUGUGGGAAAGUGCUUUACAGAGACUAGCUAAAACACAAGAUAAUAAAAUCUUCCGGACACUCAAGUUAAGUUUUGAUGAUCUAGGUGAUUCUGAGCAAAAUAUAUUCCUAGACAUAGCAUGUUUCUACAAGGGGAAAGAUGUAGAUGAGGUUACUAGAAUACUUGAUAGCUUUGGUUUUGACCCGGAUAUAGGGAUUAGCGUUCUUGUUGAAAAAUCUCUUAUAACCAUCUCAUCAAACAAUAAACUAGAUAUGCAUGAUCUCAUACAAGAAAUGGGUCGCAAAGAAGUUCAAGCAAGUUCUCCAAAUAGCAGGCUAUGGGAACCUGAAAAGUUCAAUGGCUUAAUCAACUUUAAGAAACUAGAAUCAGUUGAGGGCAUAGUGUUGCCACGCGAAGAAAUUAAGGAGAGUUUGAAUGCUAAUGUUUUUGAAAGUAUGAAGAAUCUUCGGCUACUCGAUUGUUACCAAAACUUCACUUCUGGUGAACCUACCUUUCUUCCUGAUCAGUUACGAUGGUUUUGUUGGAAUCACUACCCAUUCUCUUCUCUGCCUAUAGCAGACAUGAGCAAGCUUGUUGGGCUUGAAAUGGAGUGGGGCAAAAUAGAACAUUUAUGGAAAGGAAAAAAGGUAGUAUAUAGUUUACGGAAUCCAAUCUCUACUUAUUUAGCAUACAUCACAAGGGCACCAAACAUUGAGAGUUUGCAUUUGAGAAAAUGUUAUAAUUUGGUAGAGGUUGAUGAGUCGGUUGGGAGUCUGAAAAAGCUUCUUUACUUGGAUAUCCAUUUUUGCAACAAACUCAAGUGUUUCCCGUCCAUGCUCCAGAUGGAAUCCUUAAAGAGCCUUAAUCUAUCUUGGUGUUGGUCUCUUAAAAGAAUCCCAGAAUUUUCCCCAUGCAUGGUUAAUCUAUCUAAGUUAGAUAUUAGUUAUUCCAAGGAAAUAGAAGAACUGCCAUGGUCCAUAAAACUUCUCUCUAACCUAAUCGACUUGAAUGUUAAAGAGUGUGAUAGUCUUAAGAACAUUCCAAACUCAAUUUGGGAGUUAAAGUGUCUCAAGACCUUUAACCUAACAAAUUGUGGGAAACUACAAAAAUUGCCCGAUGAUUUGCAAAUCAUGGAAAGUCUUGAAGAGCUUCACAUAGACACCAUUCAUUUUCAUGCUUUUACAAAUUUUUGUUAUUUAAGAAAGAUAUAUCUUGAUGGUCCAUAUUUCUUUUUAGAUUUCAAAGACAAUGAUUUCCCAAAAAAUCUGCAUGGACUUUCCUCGUUAGAAGAACUAUAUAUAACUUUCAACCAUAAAUUAAUCCAAUUACCUGAAAGCAUCUCCCAUCUUUCUAGUCUUAAACACUUAUGGAUCCAAGCUUGUAACGGACUUGAAACUUUACAUGGCCUCCCACCAGGAAUACAACAUUUUGGAGUAAAAGGUUGCUACUCACUGCAAAGCAUUGAAGAUCUGUCAAAAGAGUACGAGUGUUUGAAUAAUAUACAGAUCUCAAUUUGCCCAAAGUUGCUAGAAUAUGAAGAGAAUGGAAGAUACUUGGAUAAGAUGUUGGACCAAUCAUUUCUUAAGAAGCGUGCUGCAGUUGAUGGUUGCUUGACUCUCCUGAUUCCUGGAAGAAAUGUUCCAAGUUGGUUUAAAGAACAACAAGAUGGGCGCAAGAUAGCACUAAAGUUACCUCCCAAUUGGCAAACUGAAAUCAUUGGGUUUGCUGUGUGUUGUGUAACUACGAUGCCUAUGUUUCCUGAUAUAAAAAUGAGAUUUGAAAAUGAUGAAAUGUUGGUUUCAAAGUCGGAGGCUAAUUAUAUAAACGAAACCGAAGAAGCUGAUUGGAAUGUGUGGACUGGUUAUCUACCAUAUAGUUUGUUUGAGCAGUUCCAUGGAGGCAAUGAUAAUGAUUUUGAAGGCGAAGAUUGGUUCCAUAUGACCCAAGGUAGAGUUGUCUUUGAAGUUUAUUGCCCUAUUGAUUCAGAGUAUAAGCAUGCUGUAAGGUGUGGGGCAAACGUUGUCUACAAAGAAGACGUGGCAUCCAUCCAACAAACGACUCCCUCUAUUUCUUCUUUUGAUUGGAGCUGGAAGCUUACAAAAGAGUUCACCAAUUCAUUCAAGUGUACCACGUACUGAAUAAUCUUGAAAAUUAAGUUCUUCUUGUAGGAGCCGAAUUGAUCGACAGGAAGAGCUCAAAUAGUAGAUGGAAGAAAAGAUAUAUUUUUUUGUAUUUUACAAAGAAAGAAAUCAUUAAACCCAAAGCACAAACGGAUUAUAUAGUUACUGGUGUUGGAGACUUACAAAUAGCUUUACCAAUAGAUUCUAUCAGUUU